AUGAACAUGCAAUCAGGUAUAGGAAUUGGACCAAUGGGUCAAACUAAUCCAGGGGGGAUUACAUCCCCACAAAGUGGAGCAGCAAAAUUUGCAUCACUUUCAUUGAGCCAGUUGAGUCAACAGACUGCCAACAUGCCUCACUACAAUCCACCACCACAACAACAACAGCAACUGCAACAACAACAGCAACAACAACAACUAUUCACCAAGACACCCAAUGGACCGUCCGUUAUGGGACAGGGAGGUUACAACCAACACCAAUCAUUUAUGAGAAGAAGUGGGGACAUGUCUGGUAUGCCUAGUCGUCACUCUGGCGAAUUUGGCAGUAUCAAUAGCAACACUAGUACUCCAUCAACACCCGCAGCAGCCAACUCAUCGUCGCUCAACAACAGCCAAAAUGGAAUGAAAUACUUUGGUGGAGGCACACCCAACCACCAACACAAAUCAUCGUUGUCGUCGUCGACUUCAUCCUCUCCAUUGGUCAUUGGAAACAAGAAGCAAUAUAGCAAGGAAGAGUUGCUAAACCUAUUCAAUCCCAGUGCCAGAGUGCCAGACAGCUUGACCGGUCAUUCGCACAUCCUCUCGGAAGAGAACCAAUCCCCAGUCAAUAUGAACUUUGUCUAUGAUCCUGCCAACAACCUGAACAAACGUAGAAAUAUGAUGAAUUCAAGUGGUGGUUCAAUAGGCAUUCAAAAUAGAGGUUUGGGUGGUAGAAAAGAUUUGGACGGUAAUAGAAUCUCUAGAGAUUCACCAAAUGGAUUGAAACAACAAAAUAAAUGGAAUGGUAAUACUGGAACCGGAUCCAAUUCGGCUUCAUGGAGAAAGGAGGGGGGAUCUGAUGGAGGAAACAGAUCGGGUUCGUAUGGUGGACAUCAGCAAAACCACCCACAGUGGUAUUACCUCGAUCCACAAAACGUGACGCAAGGUCCAUUCCCAGCAAAGGGUAUGGACGAGUGGCACAAGGCUGGCUACUUUACGGCCAACCUCAAGGUGAAGCGUGGCGAGACUGGACGAUUCUUUGAGUUGAAAAAGUUGUUGUCCUAUGUUGGCAACGACUCGCCAUUCACGAUGUCCUUUAACGUGAAUGACUCGGAGAUGCUUGAACCCCACGAGUUGCUCGACGAGGAGCCCACCACCGAAGACGAGGUGUCUGUCGACAAGGAGGGAGACGAGUUUGGCCACCACGGCGAGCUGCUCGAGGAAGCCAAUGAUGACGACGACGAGGAUGAGAAGAUCUUGCACGGUGUGGUCGGCGAGGUGGAGAAGAAGAUCCUCGGCGACGACUUGCCCGCCCCCGUCGUUGUCCAACAGCCCACCAACCAUUUCAACGAUUCGCAACAGUCCAUGCCACCCAUUCAAUCGUUUUUCCAACAAGCUCAAGCUCAACAACUUGCACAACAACAACAACAACAACAGCAACUAGCGCAACAACAACAACAAAACAAUGCAUCACCUUCCCCCGUACAAGCCGGAGGAUUGAACCAACAAGAGGCAAUGGAAGUAUACCAAAAGUAUAUGUUAUUCCAACAACAACAAAAACAAGAGAUGCAAAAGAUUGAGAUGCAGAUGAAGCAGUUGAUCGACCAAGCACAACUCAUGGAAGCACAACUCAAGCAGAUCUACGAAAGAUCGCCACCACAACAAGGUCAACCGGUCCCACUCCAAUUACAACAAUUCCAAACCUACUAUCUCAUCAACCAACAAUCUCAACGUCAAUUAUUACAACAAUACAAUGCUAUCAAGUUUAUGCAAUUCCCACAACCCCAACAACAACAACCACAACAACAGCCACAAAUGAACGACGUCAUGCAAUAUCAACAACAAUUCUACAUGCAACAACAACAACAAGCUCAACAAGCACAACAACAAAUGAUGAUGCAAAGAAUGAUGAUGCAACAACAACAACAAGCCGCUGCUCAACAACAAGCUGCUCUACAGGCUGCUGCUCAACAAGCUGCCGCUCAAGCUGCUCAACAACAACAACAACAAGAAGAAAUUCAAACACCAUCAUCUCCACAACAACAAGCUGUUGAAUUGAAACAACAAGAAGAGGUUAAACCAGUUAUUAACAACAAAGUUGUUGAUGAUUCAUCUAAUUUCUGGGGAGUAUCAGCACCAUCAUCCAGUGGUUUGAAUGUUCCAGUACCAAAGAAGGAAAACUCCAAGUUGGGUGUUAAUAAUGUAGAGUUUGAAGCAGCCAGCAGUGUAGUCGUAUCACACGAGCUCCCAGAAAAGACAUUGUCACCAACCAUCGAGUCCAUCUCUGCCAGCAUUGAGGCUGUCGCCUUGAACACUGCCAAUCCAUGGGCCUCUGUUCAACCAGUCGACACUCCAAAGACUGACAAGCGUUCACUUGUCGAGAUCCAAGCACAAGAAAAGAAGGACUCGAAAAAGAGAGAAAAAGAAAACGAAGAGAGACGUAUCAGAGAGGAAAAGGAAGCUCUCGAACACCAACACGAACAAAACGUCUUGUUAAAGUGGGCUCAUGCCGGACAAACCUGGGGUAACACUGCCCCUACUACUGCCGCUGUCGCUGUCGUCGAGCCAGUUGCACCAGUCGCCCCAGUUGUACCAGUUGUCACUGCCACCACCCCUGCCCAAAAGAAGCAACCAUCACUCAAGGACAUCCAAGCCGAACAACAACAACGUGCCGCCAAGGACAGCAGCGAACAACGCACUCAACAAGUUGCCUCCAAGUCUGUACCAUCUAUCCAAGACAUUAUGAAGGAACAAGCUCGUGAAGAAAAACGUCUUCGUCAACAACAACAAGAGCAACAACAACUACAACAACAACUACAACAACAAAAUGCCGCUCAACAACAAAUCAAGUUUAACCCAUCGUCACCAUGGGGCGGUGUUCCACCUCCAUUGCCAGUUGACACUUCUCUUCUCCACCAAACCAUCGACAACAACAACAAAAAGUCAUUGAACCAUGUCUCUCAACCUAUUCCAAACCCAACCGUCGCAGCCAAGCCAUCCAGCAAUGGUGGUAAUCCACAAUUGUCGAUUAGAACCAGCACCUCCUCUGCCCCCACCAGCACCCCCGCUCACCCACAACCAGUGUCUCCAUCAGUCACCAACGUCAAUGACGACUCUUUCUGGGACACUCCAUCGACUGUUGGCAAGUCGACCAUGCUCAACAUCCUCCCAUCCAAGCAAUCGUCUGCUGUCAAGGGAUCACAAUUGAGCAUCCGUACCAAGCAACAACAAGAAAAACAACAACAAGAAAAGCAACAACAAAAGUCAGACUUUAUCAAAUGGUGUCACCAACAAUUAAAGCCACUCACCAACAUGGAUGUUGCCACUGUCACUGAACUCUUGUGCAGUCUCAAAAAGGAAAGUGAAAUCCGUGAAUGUGCUCGUGAAUGUCUUGGUUUCACAACUGAAGUCAAUAACUUUAUCAAUGACUAUCUCAUGGCAAGAAGUGAUGAACCAACCCUAGCCUAUGAAUCAUCUUCACCAUUUAUUACUGUUCCAAAAGGUAAAACUCCAAAUGUUAAAAAUGCUCCAAAAGGAAAGAAAAAGUAA